AUGUUUGCCGUCCGCAAGGUCUGGAUCUUGGCGCUGGCCGGUCUUGCUGCGCUGGUAAUCUACCUUUGGCCCCUGGUCCAAUGGCAGAGAGAUCGGCAGAAGCGUGGUCAAGAGGAGGCCUCGGCUCUUCAGAGAGCGCGGCUCGCCAAGUUCUGCUCCGCAGAACCAGAGCCCACGCCGCGGCGUCGGAGCCCUUCGCGCGACCGGGGCUCCGGAUCCGGCGGUGGAGGGAGCUCCUUGAAGGAGUUUGCGGUGCCGCCUGUGGCCGCGGGUCGUGGCACCGGGACCGAGAUCUUGGCUGAGGCGGAAUUGCAGGAGGACGUGCACCAGGACGUGCAGCAGGAGUUGCAGUCUGACUCCUCCCCAGACGCCUUCGAGUAUCCAGCAGCUCCGCAGGAGGAGGCAACGGGCCACGAGCCGUCGACCCCCAAAGAGCGCUCGGAGGGGGAGCCGUCCGAGGCGCACAGUGGAGGUCAACCAGAAGCGAGCGAUAAGGAAGAGGCCGACGAAGACGACUUCCCCUGGCAGCCUACGGAAGCCGUUCCCCCCGUCUUCCAGGCUGCCAGCAGCCGGCGGAGCCUGGCCCAGGCCUUGGACGCCGCCGCGUCGGAGGAGCCCGGGGAGGCGCCUGGGGCAGUGAUGGACGAGCUCCUGGCGCACCUGGAGGAGUCGCUGGUGCAGGUGGCUUUGUCUCAGAGCCACGCGGUGCUCCUGCGGCGCGCCGAGCUCCAUGCGCUGACGCUGCUUGGGGCCGGCCGGGACUUCCUGCUGAGGUCUUUGCGCGGCAGCGCCGGCCGUCAGCGCCUCGAAAGCCUUUUCGGUGGUGACUGCGCCCGCAUCUCGCGAUUGCGGGCCGUGCUCGAAUCGCUUCCGCUCUCCGCCGGACGUGCGGCCGACGCGCGCCUGAAAGCGUGCAGCGAUGCUUGCGACGCCGUGGAGAGCGUUCUCCGAGAUUUAGGUCUGCAGGAGACGCUCCGCUCCGCGCAGCAGCAGAAGAAAGCUGCCUUGCAAGAGACGCUGGAGCAGAAGAGACUGGAGGAGGAGGCGCUUCGAAAACAGCGCCGGGAGGAAGCGCGGUCGCUGUGGAGGCUGCAGCAGGAGGAGCGUCGUGCGCUUGAAAAGGCCCUGGAAGGCCAGCACGAGGUCGAGACAGUACAGCGCCUCGAAGGGAAUCAGGGCGCGGAAGCCUUGAAGCCUGACUUUGCCGCACGUGAUCCCAGCAUGCUCAACUGGUUUUUGGACUAUGCAGAGGGCUUACUUUGCGAUGUACUUUGCUUCCUGGACGGGAUUUCCCUGGCGCGUUUUGAAAUGGCCGGUCGGUGGCCCCUCCGGCUCUACAGCACGAGCCUCCCCGGGGUUUGGCGUUUCGUUCAUUUGUGCAGCUUGGGCGGCCGACCCCCGCGAACCCUCAGCCGGGCGCCGCAGCCCAAGGGGCGAGGACGAAGCGGGGCCUGGAAGCAGUACUGGCUGGGUCGGCGAUUGCUUCUCCGUGAGUCAGACGGUGCGCAGCGGCAGAUUGCCUUUGAGCAAGCGCGGCUGCUGCUGACCGCCAAUGCUCACGCGGUGGUGCAGCCGAUGAAGCCCAACCCACGGCUGCUGCGGAGAAUCAUCGCCUACUGCCUCCCGCCCGGCUUCACCCAGGAUCCGCGUUUCGGGCCUAUGGAAGAGAGGUGGUGCACUCACUUGAUGGUGGGGGUGGAGUCCAUGGUGACGCACGCCAAUGGGGUGCAGACGAAUUACGAGCAGUUCUACAUGUCUUGGUCCGUCUGCUUCUCCGCUGCGCAAGGCCUGCCGAGGCUCUUCCUGGCCUCCGCGCGCUACAGCGAGCAGGACACUUGGGAGGUGGACCUCGCUGACUGCCGGCUGCCACCCAGAGCGCCUAUGGCCUGGGCCGCGGCAGCCCAGGAGAUCCACGAGCUCCGGGCGGCCGGCCGGGAUGUAAGUGCCGGGCUCUGCGAUGCUCGGGAGCUCUGUUCCGUGCGGUUCCAAGGACCCCAGUGGCGCCGCGGAUGCAGCAGUAAAGGCAGAUCCAGUCUGUGCAGCUUGCACCGGCAGCCGAUUGGGGCCUCCUACACAAGGAGGUAUUCGGCGCAGCCCUGGGGCCCAGUGGUCCCGGCAGCUGUGUUCGGCUGCUCCUGGCGCUCACCUGCCCAAAUCCGUUUGCGCAGGAGCCGGCGAAGUUGGAGCUCGCGCUGA